AUGCUCGAAGCCCAAAAUCGCAUUCCGCAGGCCUCCACCUUGCCAAGUGAGCUGCGCCAACACUUUGAGGACAUAUCUACCAAGCUGGCAUUGUCUUCAACCGAGACAAGCGAAGUCGAACAGCUGAUUGAUUUUCUUAACGAGCAUGUCCGUCCCAGUCUUCCUGGUAAGUCCCUGCAAUUCAAUAGGUUCCAACUCGCCGGUUCUGUCGCAUCGCGUUGUGCCAUAUAUCCCCGCUACGAUGUUGACAUUUGUUGCCUGUGGGAAGCUUCGCGUGAGAAAGUUGAGAACGAGCACCUUCAAGAUGCUAUGCAAGUCGCUUUUGAUGGGGCGCGGGAGGCACUGAAGCAGAUCGGAUUCCACCUGUUCUAUAAGAACCGCAUCGGUGGUGACAACACCUGCACAUUCAAGUGGGGAUUGCAUGGACGCUGGAAGCAUGUAGAUGUGGAUAUUGUGAUAGGUCAGCCACUUAAUAUAUACCCGAUGUCCCUGUACCAUGUACUUGCGCCACAAUACACGAAGUGGCAAACGUAUUUGGGACCCAUGCCACAGUUUCAGAUGGGUAACGGCUACAGGGAGAUAAGCACUACGAGCGGCUAUCGAAGCACCCAUGAGCGUUUCUCUGUCGCCAUUGCAUGCGAGGCUCGACAAAGUGAUCUUAUUGCUCAAGGGGCAAUUCGAAUAUUGAAAUAUUGGCUGCUGUGUAUUAAAGUGCAGGCUGGCGUUGGCCAAUUGAUGGACAGCCAGUACCUGUGGAGCAAGCUGUGCUCCAGUUGGAUACGCAUUUUCUCAAGCGAAGCCCAUUCUGUGCCACGGGCCGAGGACAUGAUUGCUGGAAUUGUCACCUGGAAGAGAGAGAGCGCAAAGUGCCUGGAUUUGCAUUGGCUUUGCUCGUGGAGGCUUUUUGUGAGGAGAGGUAUUUCCCCAGCAUCGCUGACUUGGUGCUCCACACGUGGACUUUCCUGGCGAAUACGGACCCGGCAAAUCGUUAUGUUGUUCGAGCUCGUGGUGGCACUCCAUACGUGGAUGUCAUGCACGAUUACAAACGCUUUCCUGAUUAUAAUCUUUGCAUCAUGCAGCCAGAUAAGAAUCAGAAUGUACUCAUAG